AUGGCUAGAAGUCGUGUGAGAAGGAGAAGGAAGGCUUCAAAGGAAGGGGACGUAGAAGAGGGAGUGGGAUAUGCGACCUUAAUUAGAUUCAUUGAAGACUGUAACGAGAAAAUAACUAGUUCACCUGCAAAUAUGGCUAGUAAAUUUGUCCGGCAAUACUCAGAAAAGAGAGCGAUAACUAUCGCAGCAGGUUCGAUUUCCCGAGAUUUACAUCUAUGUCGUAUGGUGAAGCUAUUUCAGUGUAUCUUUGGCAGCAAGAUGUUAUCCAAAUCGUAUUAUAUUAAUAGUGAGCCAAGUUCACUGAUGGAACAUGAAAAAGGAGCGCGAAAAUGA